CCACGAAAAUUGAUUAAUUUAGUCUUUGUGGAGUAACCCUGCACGCCUCGAGCCCAGAUAAUCGCCCUGCCCCGUCCCAAGGCUGCUUGUAAUAACGCAGGCAGAUUGAUAUCAUGUGGGACACACCAGCAGGUAUUCAUCUCGCCGUGGAACGCAGAAGAGAAAGACAGGGAGCCACUGGCUGUAUUGAUGCUGACAUCACCUCACCACCUCAAAUCAUUCUCCAGUCUUCCUCCCCGGAUCCUGGAUCCCCCCGCCCCUGCACCUUGGUUCCUGGCCAUUAAUAAAUCCGUCCGUCUCCCCGUCCCUGCUAUUUGAAGCUGAGGAGCCCCGCACUUUCACAUACACAGACCGCUCGCAGCGUUGCAUCUGUCUGCCGCGGCAUGUGUGCCUGCGUUAACGCGCGUGUGCACCACUAAAAGAGAGAGAGAGAGAGAGAACGGGUGAGCGAGCCAGCGAGGAGAGGGAGAGAGAACGGGAGAAGGGAAAAGCGAGCGAUCGAGAGAAAAAGGGGGAAAGAGACGCCGAGUGCAUGAGAGCAAGACAAAGCAAUGAAAUUCAUCGUAGCCAUUUACUUCUUGUUCCUCCUCCCAGCGUUAAGCUUCAACAGCAGCUAUGAGGGGCUGGAAAAGAAGCUGAAGGAGGUUUUCACAGAGAGGACAGGAAUUUUACGACAACUCUCCAAAACAUCAAAGGAGCUGGACAGCAUAAAGGGGAACCUGCAGUCUCUUAAGAAUGAUGAUGCUGUGCCCAAGAAAGAUGUUCAGAAGAUCCUGGAGCUCAGUCACAAGCAAAGGGAUGAGAUGAAGUCACUCCAGGCAGCUCUGCAGAAACAACUGGAUGAUGCAGCUGAACGCGCAGAGAAACAGCAGGCCACCAUAAAGUUCUUAAAGAUGGAGAUGGAAAAGAAGACCAAAAUCAUCAAAGACCUUCAGCAAGAGAAUAAAAGCCUGAAGAACAAACUUCUGUCCGGGAACAAGCUCUGUGACAUACAUGCAGAGGAGUCCAAAAAAAUCCAAGCCCAACUGAAAGAGCUGAGGUAUGGCAAAAAGGAUUUAAUUUUUAAGGGUCAGCAACUGAUGGACUUGGAGAAUAAACUCAAAGUGGCCAAAGAUGAACUGGAGAAGGCGGCACUGGAUAAGGAGUCACAGCUGAAAGCCCUAAAGGACACCGUGCAUAUCUGCUUCUCGUCUGUCCUACACAGCCAGACAGGAAGUUUACACAGAUUUCCAGCCACACCCACCAACCUGUUGAGGUACUCUGCCCUGGCCAACAAUUCAAGAGUCACCUUUCAGCAGCCGCAUGCAAAGGACAUCCCAAAAGUUCCCCGGAUCACAACAACAAGUAAAUUGCCUGUGAGCAGUGCGGUAAUGAGAAGAGAGAGCACAGGACCGAAAGACUGCCAGAUGGUGAAGGUGGGAGCAGACUGUUCCCACAAUCAGACCGAUAGUUCAUCUGAGAUGAAAAAGACAUUUGGACACAGUCAAGCGAAGACCCCAGAGCAGAUCGGACAAGGACAAGCAAGGACAGCAGAGGAAAGUGUGAAAACAGACGGCAACCUAAAAAAGACACAAAUGGACAAACACAACUGAAGGGACAGUGAAA